UUUGAGUUUGGCUUUUGUUGUGAAAUGAAGAAAUACAAUUUGCUGUUGUUUUUGUGUAUCAUUCCAACCAUAUUCUCAUCCAGAAUCGUCGAAAGACGUCGACGACCAUCUGCUGAUCAACAACGAUCUAUCUUAGACCAAAUUGCGCAAGCAAAUACAUGGCAAUCGCCGAACCGAGUCAUAUCGGCAUCGUAUGCACGAAAUCCUGGAACUGGCCACGUAAACAAUGCCAACUUAAUGAUUAAUAUAUUACCUCACAAUGAGGAGGAGCAUCAACCGGUAGAUUUAGUAGCUUCACAAACGCUCUCAAACUCUCAGUCAGCGGCCGAAUACGUAACUAGAGCGCUGGAAAUGCGAAAGAAUUUACGUGACAAGGCACCACAUUCGUCAUAUGUAAAGUAUGAUAUUUAUGAGAAGGAGAAGAAGCAAUUUGUUCGUCCAUUACAUGAGCAUCCAUUGCGUCAAUCAGUAACGCAAAAACCGAAUACCAAAUUCGAUUCCGUCACUAGCACUUCGAAGAUCUAUGAAAAUUAUCGAAGACCGAGUACCACAUUCGAUUCCGUUACUGGCAUAUCAAAGAUCUACGACGACUAUCAAACGCAGAGACCAAAUACCAAAUCCGAUACAGUUACUCGGAAUUCCAAGAUCUAUGAAGACUAUCGGAGACCGGAUUAUUCGGAUGAUUUUGGUGAAGGGGAAUACAUGUACAGGGAAUCCAAUCACAGGUACAAUGGCAACCAUGACGCUCAUGGAAUCGGAAGCGACGACAACUUUGAAAGAGAUGUGAAAGAGCUAACAGCUUCUGGUAUUCCGAAAGCUGAGUUGAUGAAACAUAUCGAAAAAUCGGUCGUGCAAUACAUGAAGCGUCUCGAAUCCGAAGGUAAUCUACCGAAACUGACAACACACCGACCCCACACUGAAGUGAAAACGUACUACAGACUACCAAAACUGAAUAGUGAGGAAAAGGAACUACCGCAACUGAAUAGUGAGGAACGGGUAAAGGAUAUCACGUACACAUCAACCGAAUCAGAGCUGUUUAAGCGACCGGCAGAAUCCACUAAACAUUACAAAACAUAUAAAUCUCCGCACAAAAACACUGUGACUACAGUUUCCACGUCCUAUCUAGACGAACCCUACUCAACGAUGAGUGUGAUACCGAACGUCGAUUUAACGAUGCGCAACAAAAGGCCGAAAUCGAUCGAUUACUCUGCAUUAGAUAUCGGUCAAUCGUGGUCCCAUGGCUCUAGCUUAGAUCAUCACACCACAGCCAAACCGAAACAUAAACCUAAGCUGAAAUUUAAUUCACAAACUUAUCAAGAUAUCAACGCGAUGACCUAUUCAGCAGGAAAGGGACUUGUGUUGGACGAGUCAUCAUACGCACAAUCAGCUAAUCAACCAUGCACAUCCACAGAAAGUGGACACCAUGGCACAAAACCGCGACAUGGACUGGCUAAUGUUGGAGCGUCGUUGACGGUAGGAGAAAAACACAAUGAUAAUCAAGAUGAAGCCAUAAAAGAUCUACAAGAACACUAUCGCAAACCCCUGCAGAUUAUUAACGGAAUCCCUGUCUUAAAUCCAUACAAAGUUAAUAUGGAGACAUUGAAGCACAUGUUUGGCGGCGAUCCAGAAGAAAUCGACAAAGACACCUGGCAACCGUAUUCACCGUCCGAUAAUAGACAAAAACAAUCGCAGAAAGAAACGACUGCGGCUAGUAACAUACAAAGCCACCAGUUGCCCUUCGACAGUUACAAUCCGAAAUACAACAAUAAUCCCGAAGGUCGAGGCUAUCAAGACCAAUGGCAACCACCUGAGGAGAACAGUCACCGGCAACGUGGUACUAUUGGUUCGGAUAUGAAUGAUAGUUCAUCGUCAACGGUACCAAAGAAAAUUCGAACUGCCACCACAGUGACGAUACACAAACACAAGAGAAAGAAGAACAAAACGAAGAUAAUUAAGAUAUCACCCAAAAAGAAGAGCAAUUUACAAACUGAACUGCGGCCGCCCCCAACACAAACCAAAUAAACGAACUAUUACAACUACUUUAAUGCUAGUGUUUACAUUCCGAAAAAUUAUACCGAUCCG